UCCUACGUAUAAAAGCGUUAACGUUUAUUUGAAGGUGACUUGUGAUAGCAGUUGUACCAAAUUUUAUACCAGAGCAGGAGCAGGCAUGGACUGGCUGUGGACUCUCAUCGAGCUUCUUCUCAUCCCAGCUCUGGUAUUAUUAUUAGGGUUUAUUGUAUCGCUUCUGUUUGAAGCAUUCAGAAGAAGAUCAAUUUCUAGUCUUCACGAUGGCCAUCCUUCUUUUGAAGAUCCGAAAUCAAAAAAAAGGGUGCCAUUUCCCACGAUAUUUGAUCCUGCCGAGAAGUACAUUUCUUUGAUAAUUCCUGCAUUCAAUGAAGAGCAGAGGCUUCCUAGUGCGCUUGACGAAACUCUGAUUUAUCUUCAACAACGAGCUGCAAAUGACAAAGCCUUCUCCUAUGAGGUGGUGCUAGUGGAUGAUGGCAGUACUGACGGUACAAUAAUGGUAGCUUCCGACUUCAUAAAGAAUUAUUCAAUAGACAAUGUAAGGGUAAUUCCUCUUGGCAGAAAUCAGGGGAAGGGGGAAGCUAUCAGAAAGGGAAUGCUUCAUUCACGUGGUGAACUACUAUUAAUGCUUGAUGCUGAUGGCGCAACCAAGGUUAAUGACCUUGAAAAACUUGAAAGUCAGAUACGUGCACAAGCUGAAAAGGAAAUUCAGUCGGCUGCAGUACCUAGUGAUUCUAGCUCAAGAAUAUCGGAUAUCCCGAUUGCUGCAUUUGGUUCCCGUGCUCAUCUUGAGGAGAAGGCUCUAGCAUCGCGGAAGUGGUACCGGAACUUUCUUAUGAAGGGUUUCCAUAUUGUAGUCUUGUUGUCUGCCGGUUCUGGAAUUCGUGAUACUCAGUGUGGAUUUAAGAUGUUUACAAGGGCUGCAGCUAGAAAGUUAUUCACGAAUGUUCGUCUGAAAAGGUGGUGUUUUGAUGUCGAGCUGGUAUAUUUAUGCAAACAUCUUUCCAUCCCUAUGAUUGAGAUAUCUGUGACCUGGUCUGAAAUACCUGGUUCGAAAGUGAGUCUCCGCAGUAUUCCACACAUGCUUGGAGAACUUUGCCUGAUGUCUGUUGGGUAUAGGACUCGUCUAUGGAGUAUUCGUGCUUAAAGUAAUUUUUGUAAUGAAUCGAGAUUCACCAUUCUGCUCGAAGUUCCCAAUUGCAUCGUUGUCAGUGGGAAACUGAAGUUGGCUACUUGUGCUAAUUUUGUCUGAAAAAAAGAAGAAGACUUGGUUAUUUUCUAUUGAAGUGCAUGGUCGGAAAUGAAUGUUGAACAGUGUCCCCCUUUAUAAAGAGUGGGAGGAAGGAGAAAAAAUUACUAGUUGUUUUAACUGGAAACUACUCUUUCAUUAAUCAGAGGUUGGAGUAUAUUUAUUAACAAAAUCAUAUUUAUACAAAACAGUUUAUUUUUUAUUAGCUUCAA